AUGUCACUGCCUACCGGUUCCCAAGGCACCUCCGCUGGGACGCGGGCCAGCUGGCAGGAUCAGCUCCAAGACCAUUGUCGGCGCACCAAACUUCCGCCCCCUGUCUUCAACAUUGUGUCCGAUCGGCGAGGAGGUCGCACCGCCUGGUCUAGUACCGUCUCGAUUCAGGGCUAUCAGAAUAUCGCUGCCCGUUACUGGUAUGACGGCCAGUACAUCAACAAUGCCAAAGAAGACGCCGCUGAGGUCGCCCUGAAGGUUCUCAACGAGCAGCCCGGCUCCUCCACCCACUAUGCCGGCCAGCUCUUCCCGCAACAGUCCCAGUCGACUACUCCAGGGUACGGCCGGGGAGCUGGCGGGUUCUGA